UGACACUAACUACAGUGUCUCAUUAAGAGGUCAUGCAAACUCCCAAGCUAAACAAGGCAUUCUUACAUAUUUAACAUUCAAAUGCAGAAGCCAAACUAAGCCAUGGAAGAUUGUAAUCAGAAAAAAGCUACACUUCCUGAUCCGCACAACAGCUACAGGUUCUUUAAACAGGAGACAGAUUGCGAGCAUUUUGGCCUGAAAUCUGGAGGUUAUUUUGGAAUGUGAAAACUACUUCCUGCUUGGACCUCUGACAACCAUGUAGAUAUUAUAGACUUGCUUGAACAUCUACACCAACAUGGAUCAAGACAAUUAAACCAAACCUUUCAAGCAGUCGAUGGAGCACAAUCUGAAAGAUUAAAGAAAAUCCAGAUGGGGUGCAGGUGCUGCAAAAUGAUACAAAGCUAUAUUUUUGAUCCAGAAGAAGUACAGUCACCUGGACACGUUCAUGAAGUGACCAGCUACAAGCACAAUGAGCAAGGCAGCAAUAAAUCCAAAUUCAAAGAGAACAGUGAAAUUCAAGAACACAAAAAUGAACUCCAGAAGGAUGAGUUAAACGGAACAGAAAAUAAAACCCAGGUAAGUAGCACGAAAGCAACUCUCUGGAACCAUGGAAGCAAUGAUUUUCAAGAGGAUGGCCUUGUGAAGUGUGUUGCAAAGCCUGAUGUUGCAGUCAAUGGUGGCAACUCCUGCACUGGAGUGCACCCCAUGCUCAAUCCCAACACCAACCCAGUGAAAGAUGCCAAUGAACAGGGACCCUCCAGCCAGUCAGCAGAGUCUCCUUCAACCAGCAUUACAGACUUUUACACCCAACUAAAUAGGUCUGGCCAAGAACUUGACCUAGAGGCAGGCAGCCAGAGGAAGGCAGCCUGCAACGAGCCAAACAGUAUUAAAGAUGGGAACUUGCAGUCUGCAGACAACAGAAUCUUUCUCAAAGGAAGUGCAAUAUUGAAGAAACAAAACAAUGCCAUACAACUGCCUGCUAUUGAUUAUCCCCAGAAUGGCAAUCAAACCAGGAACUUUGUUGAAAAAGAUAGCUUUUCAGUCAACUGUGUACAAUCAGACCGAAAUACUGGGCCUUCAGAAAUACAGGACCAGGACCUUUGUAUCAUCCCACCCUCGCCUAUAAAGAACAGUAUUGAACCUUCUAAAACUGACUCCGCAAGUCUGAGUGAGGACAUUUCUGCUGGUAUCCCUGCCAUGACCAUUACCAAAGCAGCAGAGGCACCCACACACCCCAACCACAAAGACGUCAAUGGAGAAACUGAGGAGGAAGAUGCAGAAGUAGCAGCAGCUCUGGCUGCACUGGAAGCUGCAACCGCAGGGGAAAACGUGGAAGAUGAUGACGAGUACUAGAUGAAGGCUUCUUUGUAAUACACUGGGUAAGAUCCAGAUUUUAUUUUUGGAUCUAUAUAAGCACAUGUACAGCACAUGUGGACAGCUGUCAUGAACAGCAUAUAUAAAAGGAGUUGGGACUAAACCUAUGUCCCUUCAGUUGUUUUAUACAGCCUUUGUAACUUCUGCUGCCCUAGGUAAGAAAGUCCUCCCUUGGCUAAUGACAAUACUAACACUCUUCUGUAUGGGGCCAACCAGGAGGCCAUAGCAUCAUUUCUUCCACACAGGAUAUUCUGCCAAAUACUCACCUCACCUGGAUUCAUGCAAACAUUUCCUUUGGUUUUGACCCUCAGGAGGGUCUGUGCACACUGCAUGUUCCAGGUUCAGAAAACUUCCAUUAUUUAAAAUGGAACUAUAGAAGCCAUGGAGGUAGAAACCACAGAUUCUUAUGUUAGCACAACAACAAAACCUGACCCAAAGUUCUAUGAUCCAAUGAAGGCGGCUUGGCUUGCACUUCACUGCAGUUACAGUUCUAUUCCAGCUUAAGCCUAAAUUCGUGCAUGUGCAGCUGGUGUUAGGAUGGUAACCUCAUCUCCUCCCUUACACCUCCCCUGGACUUUGAUACCCCCCGUGACCCGCUUCAGUUCAUUAAAACAGUAGAAGCCUAGCCAAAUCCAAGAGAGUGGGCAACUUUCUGUUGGUUUGAUGAGCUGAAGUAGCUUACUUAAGAGUCACACACACACUAUCCAAGGUGCUAAGAGGGAUCAAGACCCAGUCCUAGCAGUUUGGAUAGAUUAAAACCAUUGUAAACUAAAGCAUGAGACCUAUCAACUCUGCUAAGUUUUCCAGGCACACACCACUUGCCUUAACAAUACAGUUUGCAAACAGGUUGUGUCUCAAACUUCCCCAGCAAGACGUGUUUUGUUUAUAUACAAACAGUGAAAGUCAGUGUGGUCUCAUCCCUGGCUCUGCUGCAAUCCUUAAAUUUACAGCAGGAAAGUGACUGAGAUUUCAAAUUGAAUUAUGUGUAAGAUCUGAAAAUAUUAGAGCUGCAUUCCUGCAGUGUUUACCCUUUUUUCUCAUCUUCAGACCAGUAUGUUAUAACCUUUCUUGUAGGAAACAAAGGAGAUACAGACCAACUUGGUGCUGCUAUUUCAUCCAAUGUGGAAUCUUAACAACUGAAAUAGAAAGUGCUUGACAUUUUACAGUGAAAUUUUGUGGUUUCUGAGUCUGUUAUAAACUCUUAAUAAAACUUCUUAAUCAUAUGAAAAAUCA